UCUAGCUGGAUCAGCACAGUGAAACAAUGAUGAAAGGAUUAAAUUGACAGUAUAAUUUAUUAGGAAGUUAUACAUGAUGGAUGAGGGAAAAGUGUGAAGUGUGAGCACAGCUCCAAAGCCAAAGCCCAAAGCCAUCCUCUCUCAAGUCGAGUCUUCAUCACUCAAGCGGCGCCUCCGCCUCCCCCGUCGCAGCCCCCCAUGUCGCAGGCGGCGCAGUGCCCCUACUGCCGCGCGUCGGGGCCGGCGCGGUGCGCGACGACGCAGCCGCCGCUCUCGCGCGCCGUCUCCGAGUGCUCCGCCUGCGCCCGCAUCGUCCUCGAGCGCCACCUCCACACGCACCCCUUCUUCCCCCUCCUCCCCACCCUCCACCCGCUCCCCCUCGUCACCCCCGACCUCGCCACCGCCGUCGAGCCCGCCCCCGCCCCCUCCCCCGGCGGCGAAGAUGACGAGGACCCCUUCCUCCCCGCGGGCUUCGUCUCCGCCUUCUCGGCCUUCUCCCUCGAGCGCCACCCCGUCCUCGCCCGCUCCGCAUCCGCCUUCUCCGGCCUCCUCGCCGAGCUCGAGCGCGCGCUCACCGUCGACUCCGCCGCCGCGUCCUCCAACCCGGACCCCGCCGGGCCCAUGGUCUCCGUCGACAGCCUCCGCGCCUACCUCCAGAUCGUCGAUGUCGCCUCCAUACUCAGGCUCGACCGGGACAUAGCCGACCACGCCUUCGAGCUCUUCAAGGACUGUUCCUCCGCGACCUGCCUCAGGAACCGGAGCGUCGAGGCGCUCGCGACCGCCGCGCUCGUGCAGGCCAUCCGCGAGGCGCAGCAGCCCCGGACGCUGCAGGAAAUCUCUACCGCUAGCAAUCUUCCUCAGAAAGAGAUAGGAAAAUACAUCAAAAUACUCGGCGAAUCUCUGAAACUGAGCCAACCUCUUAACAGCAACUCAAUUGCUGUUCAUAUGCCUCGAUUUUGCAGCUUGCUCCAGCUGAAUAAAUCUGCUCAGGAACUUGCAGCUCAUAUCGGUGAGGUGGUUGUUAAUAAAUGCUUCUGCACAAGGCGCAAUCCAAUAAGUAUAUCUGCUGCUGCAAUAUACCUUGCAUGUCAGCUCGAAGACAAGCGCAAAACCCAGGCUGAAAUCUGUAAAGUAACGGGCCUUACAGAGGUCACUCUACGCAAAGUGUACAAAGAACUCCUGGAGAACUGGGAUGAUUUGCUCCCCCCUGACUAUACACCGGCCACACCACCAGAGAAAGCUUUUCCAAUGACCACCAUUUACUCAGUGCGCUCGUCAAGUGGCAAGGAUCUGUACCAGGAUAAGAUAUUUGAUAAUAUUAAGCAAAAAGGUCCUGAGCCCGCAGAGCCUGAUCACAUGGUCAUUGUGAAAGAAGAGGAAGAAAAGAAAAUCAGUGCUCUUGGUCGACCGCCUGCAAAACUUGAGCCUCAUGAGCUGAGCAAGGCAUUCUGGCCAUCAAACGCCCAAUUCUCAACAUCUCCAAAAUCUGAUCGUGACAAGACAGAAACUAGUGUCCGUGGGUUCAACCUUAAUGAGGUAUCAUGUGCAAUGGAUUCUGAUAGAGCAGAUAGCACAGUGAAGCCAAAUUUCGGCGAUCGAUCAUUGAAUGAAUCAAAUAUGCUUCCAUCUCCGAAUAGGCAGCCCUUACCGUGGCAGCUUAAGCAGGGGGCGCCUGCAGCUGGUCCAUCAUAUUCUAGGCUUCGUGAGCAGCACAUUAGCCUUGACCUUGUAGCUGCUCUGAAGGGGAUUGGAAAAAGGAGUGCUGGGGAUGGUGGUGAUGGCCGGGAUAAGGAAGGGAAGUGAAUAGCUACAGCUAUUUAUUCAGUUAAUCGAAAAUGAAACUAAUGGUAAUGGUCCAUUGUAAAUAUAGAUGUUUGUUUGUAGUAAAGUUCGGCUUCCCUUGUCAUUCUAUAUGUCUGUGAAAUGUCACUCCAGACUUCGUAGCUUCCGUGCUGAAAAUUUCUACCAGUACUUCCAAAUUAUUUAUAGCCUGAGCUGACUUAAUUCAAUAUGUUUAGCACAA